AUGAGAGAUAAUAGAAAUGAAGAUAGUUUCGAUAGAUGGAAGAAAAGCCCUGGAGAUCAAAACUAUCCAAGAAGACAACUUAAGGACAUACAAUGUUAUAAUUGUCAAGAUUUUGGACACUUUGCUGCAAAUUGUCCAAAACCAAACCACAGAGAAGAAAAAGCGAACCUUGUGUUCGAAGAUGGCGAACCAGCACUAUUGAUGGUUACUACUAAGGAUGGAAAGGAGACAACAUCCUUAAAACAAGAGAAACAAAGAAAUGGAAUUCUCAUUAAGGAAGAUGAAAUUCCAAAAGGAAAGUUCGAUGACAUGAGGUCAGAGAUAGAAAGUGAUUUAAGAAGUAAACUAGAGUUUUGGAAGUUUGAAUUACUCCAAGACUUUGAGAUGGAGAAACAAGAGUUCGAGAAGAAAAUGAAAGAUAGAGAGAUAGCAUUUGAGAAACAAAUGCAAAAAGAGUUAGAGAACCUGAAGAAGUUAAGAGAUUGCACAAGCAAAGAGAUAAAAGAGUUAAAGACGAAAAGAGAAGAAUUUGAGAAAGAAAACCAUGAAGUUGUUUCAAAUAAGAAACUACUAAAGGAAGAACCAAGAGUUGACAAUGGCGAAUGCAAGAAGCAUCAAGAGACGCCAUCAAGAGUUCAAAAGGAAAACAAGAUUGAGAAAGACAUCAAGUCAAGAACCGAGAAAGUUGAAUACGAAGAUCGUGAUGCAAGACACACAUUGUUGGAGAUUCAAGACUAUGAGAUGAUACAAAUAAAGGAAGAUACCAACAAAGGUGACAGAGAUAAUCAAGAUAAGAUUGAGAACAAGGAAGAAAGAAGUGAAAUCAAUGAAGAAGUUCAAGACAUAGUUCAUGUUAAAGAUCAAGACAAAAGAAGUGGAAACAAGCCAAAUUUCAAGGAUAAAGACAAUGAGGCGCUUGAAGAAGUGAAGGCAUAG